UAGCCGGGUGAGAGGAGCAGGGUCGGCAUGGCGCUGCGGCUGCUCUCGCUUCUGCUGCUGCUGCUGCUUGGCAUCGCUGCCGAGACCGCAAACCGGGGUAGUGCCGGGACCGGGGCCGGGGCUGCAGGUGGGGAGCAGGGAUCAGAGCGCUCAGAGUCCACCAAGAGCACUUCAGGAAGCAUUGGAGAAGGCAGCAACGCACAUUAUGGAGAUAAUGGAGGGACAAUAGGUGAGAGGGGAGGAGGUGCAGGUGGUGCAGAUCAAAGGAAAGACCUGGGAAAGGAUGAGGGGAACCAGCCCGAAGGGACAGGAAAACAAGAAGAGAAAGAGAAACAAAGCCCUGAGGGCCAAGGCACCAGCCAGAGCAACAGCAACAAUGACAAUCAGGCUGGCAGUAAUACUGCUAGCCAACCCAACACCCAGAAGAACAGCGACAGCCAAACUGACCCCCAUGGUGAUGAGCACGAGCAAAGCAGCCCCAACAACGACCAUCAGAACAAGACCGACAGCCAGGGCAAUCAGGCCAAGCAAAAUGGCAACACCAGUGGCCAAAAUGGCCUGGAAAAUGGCAACACUGAUGGCCAAAAUGGACCAAAAGGUGGCGACACCAGUGGCCAGAAUGGCCAGGAGAAUGGCAACACCGUUGGCCAAAAUGGCCAGAAAGACCAUGGUAACAGCACCAACGGCCAGACCAACGACCACCACGACAGCACCAACAGCCAGACCAACGACCACCACGACAGCACCAACGGCCAGACCAACGACCACCACGACAGCACCAAUGGCCAGACCAACGACCACCACGACAGCACCAAUGACCAGACCAACGACCACCACGACAGCACCAAUGGCCAGACCAACGAACAACCUGGCAAUACCAACAGCCAGACCAACCAACAGCGCGACAGCACCAACAACCAGGAUGACCAGCAAGGCAGCAGCAACCAGGAACGUGACAAUGCCAACACACAGGACGUCAGUCAGGGCACCCAGGCAGGGUCAUUGGGAAAUAACGGCCAGUCCUCACAGUCAGUUUCAUCUGCUCAUGACACCGAAGGCUCUCCAGAUGGUGAUGAACUCCCUGAGGAAGAGGAUGGGAUUAGAAAUGGUAAUGGUGCUGCCUUGUUAAAUAAGGAGAGAGAGAAGAGUGUUCCCAUUUCUCCGGGGGAGAAAUCAGAGAACAGCCACUUCUUUGCCUAUCUGGUGACCACGGCUAUUAUUGUCGCUGCUCUGUAUGUUGCCUAUCACAACAAACGGAAGAUCAUUGCUUUUGCCCUGGAAGGGAAGCGAUCGAAGGGCGGCCGGCGGCCCAAAUCCGGCGAUUAUCAGCGGCUGGAUCAGAAGAUCUAGAUUCCUCCUCAGGUGUUUAGUGAAAGAAAGGUGCUUGGUGACGAUGAGACCAGAAUGGUGGCACAUCACCGGCUGGCUGCCCUGCUGUAGCACUGAAUCGUAGCUUUGCUGUCAUCUUCAGAUCUCGGAGAGCAGGAGGAAGGGGAAAUGCUUUUACUUUUUGCACCUGCACCUUGGUAAUGUUCGACUUCUCACUUCCUUAAAAUGUGUUUCUCCUUUUCCCAACGGCCUGAAUCAGUUUCUGCUUGGGUGUCUGGCUUCUGGACCGUGGCCCAAGAGAAGCCAGCUCUGGCACUUGACAGAACGUUUGUGUCCAAAUGAAAUGGGAUUUUCCAUCUACUGUACUGAUGUCUCCUCUUGAAAAAAAAUUCGCCUGCAAAAUGAGCCAUCUGAUUCUCUCCUUUCAGAGUCAUAGAGCUGCCCUGGUAACCAGCACCGUGCUGCUGGAGGCACAGACAUUCUCUUUCUCUGUCCAUUGUAUUUGGAUGCUAAAGUUUGGAGCGUGAUUGCACUAGCUUGGAAAUGAUCUGCCAAGGACUCUGUUUUGAUUUAUUUCUUUUCUUCCUCUCUGCUAUGAAGGCAAUGUUAGCUUCACAUCACUUCUCACUUUAAUGCACACCUUUUGGGAGCGCUGGAGCUGCCUUCAACCCUCUGGUUGUAUCUUAGACUUCCUUACUUGCCCUAUGGCAGUUGUGCUCCAUGUGGCUCUGUUCCCUCGUGGUCCUCACAGCUGAGAUGCUUGCACUAAUGAGGACAAUUAGUUUGAUGCUGUGAAAGCGAGCUACUCAGGCUUAUGAAGUUCUGUGCCGUAUAGCUGCAGUGCUGGAGCAAAUUUCACCUCAAAAGAUGACUCUCUUCCCUGUUGUUAAAAUGUCAUCGUCUUGAUGCAGAGUGGUUGAUAGUCCUGAAGCAUUUGGGAUGAAUGAAACUUGCAGUUAUUCAAACCUCUUCCUCUGCUUCAGUACUGAGGCUCCUCAGCAGGAAAGGCACAGCUCCUGCACUGAGGUGUUUCCCAGGCAGCUGCUCUGUGAGCAGAAGGGUUUGUCCUACAGCUCCCAAACCUCUCUCUGCUCUUUUGCUGCUCUGUGCUCCCCCUGCUUUGGGAGCUUUAAUGUGGUUGAAUGUACACCUCACCAGCAGCUUAUUGCUGUUUUCUCAGCGUCACUGUGGGGCACUUAAAUGAAGGCCUGGGAUGUGCUAGCACUGGUUGUAUUGAAGGCUGCAAAACACGUUGAUUCCUGAGCUGUGGCUGUUUUGCUGGUCUUAUUUUUGUAGUUCUGCUCCAAAGAUAUUUACUUGAGACAGGGCACUUCCGAAGGAUGUGUGUAAAGUGCCUGCCUAGCUUCUUAGUUUGUUUUUCUUAUCUGGGCAGAAAACGUGGCUCAUGGAGGGCUCUCCGUGUGGGUUCACAUCCCCCCCAGAGCUGCACAGAGGAGUCCUGUCCCCCCUGUGAGGCCGGGGGAGCCGCCUGUCCCCAGCCCUGCACGAAGUGUGACCCUCCCCCAGCUGCAGGGUGACGAGGGCGGGAAUUUCCCUUGUCUGGCCAUGAAGGCUGCAGCUGUGUUCUGGUUUUCCAGCACAAAGGGAGAGAGGGAGAAAGCCCCUCUUCCCUUGAACCUCUGGGAAUGGCUCCUAGUGUUUUUUUCCCUUUUAAUGCUGUUAGGAUUUAUGCAAUGUGUUUCAAACCGGUCAAGGAGCGUGAAGCCUUUUCCUUUUGGCCGUGGCACAUUUCUGAAUGGAUGGUAUCUGUGGGUACGUGAUUUUUCUCCAGGUGGGGCUGCUCCUGGGCCCGCUGCCUUGCUGGUGCGAAGCAGCGCACAGCUUGUUUCCUGCUGCAGUGCAACGCAACUUGCUUUGAAGGACCAGAAUUUUUAUAUUUCUUUGUACUUUUUUUUUCCCCUGUGUGGUAAAGUCAAUAAAUGAUUUAAAAAAAUACA